AUGCGACCUGAUGAGAGCUAUACGUAUUUUUUUUACAGAUAUCCGUUUGUUGAUAACGACGACGACGAAGACCCGGUGGAAUUUGUGACCGACAACGUCGCGGUCACCGAUGACUCUUCAAGCGAUGAAGAAGAUGAGCCUCAUGACAACAGUGAUGAUGACAACCAAGAAACACCGCAUGAAUGUGCUCAUACUGCUCUUGAUUCAAGUGAAUCCAUUAUUGAAGAUGACGAGUUUGAAGACGAUUCCGAUUUGGACAAUGAUGCAUCUAAUACACUGACUUCAGUCGUUAUCAAUCAGAAUGAUCUAUUCGAAGUAUUAUUAGGUGUCUAUACUUCGCUGACACAUGUUCGUCAAGUGGUAAAAUUCAUUCGAAAUCAUGGAGUCGUUGAUGCGUAUGUCCGUAAAAUGAAAUCUAUCGGUACAACUAUCAACGAACAACGCAGUGAUGGAAUAAUUCUCGAUUUUCGUGUUCGCUGGAACAGCACAUUUUAUAUGCUCGAGCGAUUUCUUGCUCAUCGGGACAUUAUCAAGAGUUUCAUCCUUUCUCCGGAUCGGCUCUGCAAUGGCCUUACCAAGGACCAAAUCAUUAAGGUGAAGUGAUUCACAUUUGCACAUGACGAAUGGGAUCUUCUCGAAUUAUUAUAUAUCGUUGUAAAACCGUUAGCUCUUGCUACCAUUCUUCUAUCUGGUAAUCUGUAUCCGACUAUGGCAACGGCACAUUUAGUAAUUCACUUGCUGGAGAAAUAUCUUUCUGGAACUAGAAAAUCGGAAUCUCCGCUUGUUUCGACACUCAAGAAGGCUCUAUGUGCCCAGUUCAAAAUCCAUUUUAUUGACAAAAUGUCGCCUGCUCAAAAAACAUGGAUGCAGGUAAUAGAUAUGCUCAACUUUUCUGAGCAUUUCUUUGUGGAAGCAAGCAAAAGAGGAAAGAUCCAUUGCUCUUCGCAACUAACGAGAAUAACUGAGUACUUGACAUAAAUUCACAGUAGGCAUUCAUUGAGACUUUUCUUGCUUGAAUUACAUGUAUAUGUGGUCACCA